AUGCAUUUGGAACAGCAGCUCGUGGGGGAAGCCGACUUCCCUGAACUAAUCACUGCACUAUGGGAGGCCUACGAAGAACCUCAUCAAAAGUUCUUUCGCGUCUACUGCCCUAUUUUCAACAAUGACAGGGAAAAGAGCCUUGCGGAUAGCAUAAAGUUCUUUCAAGAGGAGUACAGGAGUUCGUUCCCUGAAAGCCAGUGGAUAAAAGUCGUCGAUACGGACGCAAAUAACAAGAUUGCCGGCGCGGCACUAUGGAAGAUUCACCAGACCAACCCGUUCGAGAACUACAACGAGGAUAAGUACCUCCGUGAUAUUACUGCCCCUCGUGCGAAAAAGGCGAGGAGACCUCACAUAUUUUUAAAUAUUGCAUUCACGGUGCCAUCAUAUCGUCGUCACGGUGUUGGCUCUUUAUUCCUCCAAUGGGGGCUGGAUAAAGCCGAGGAGAUGGGACUUGAAUGCUGGCUAGAUGCGACCCCUUAUGGCCGUCCGGUCUAUGAACGCCGUGGGUUUAUCUGUACAGACGCCUGGGAUGUAGACUGCCCUAUGCCUGAGGGCCUUUCAGAGGAGAAGAAGAGGGAGUUCGAGGCCGCUCGGGAGCAGCUGCUGCCUGUGCCCAAUGCUUGUAUGUGGCGGCCAAAGGGAGGGGUUUACAUCGAGGGCGUUACCGAAAAGCCAUGGGAGACGAAGGAUCAAGCUUAA